CGGCGGAAAGGGUUGGGGCGGAGCCUGGAGUGGGGGUUGCCCAGCGAGAAGAGGCGGCAGGCGGACCCCGGUGGGAGGGCUGGGAGGCUGCUGUCACUUUAUGAGCACGCAGACCAGACUGAGGGUAUCCUGCUGCGGGAGGACCGCGGCCGGCUGGGUGCAGGGCCCCCUCCUCUGGCUCACCACGCGGACCCCGCGUCUCCUCCGGAGCCUCGGUGGCGGCGGCGGCGGCGGCGGAGCCUCGCCCACCUCAAUCCCCACCCUCUCCAUCCUUAGCUGUUAAAGAACAGCAGCGCCUGGCACGUUCCUGGCGGACCUCGGGCGCAGAAGACGAAAGGAAGCAGGCGCAAGGGGACUGGGAAGGCAGCAUGCGCCCGCCGGGAACAGCCUCGGCGCCCACGGUCUGAGGCGGCAGCCUCACUUCGCCAUUGUGAGCCGCCGCCGGGGGAGCUCGCACGCGCUGCGGACCCCCCGGGUCCCCGUCGGCACCGUGAUGGGGCACCUGCCCGCGAGAACGCGCGGCGGCCGCCGCCUCCUGCCUCUGCUCUGGCUCUUUGUGCUACUCAAGAAUGCCACAACAUUCCGUGUAACUGUUCAAGAUGAUAAUAGCAUCGUUGUCUCUUUAGAAGCUUCAGAUGUCACGAGUCCAUCAUCUGUGUAUGUCGUGAAGAUAACGGGGGAAUCAAAAAAUUACUUCUUCGAAUUUGAGGAAUUCAACGGCACUUUGCCUCCUCCUGUUACCUUUAAGGCUAAUUAUCAUGGCCUUUAUUACAUAAUCACUCUGGUAGUGGUAAAUGGAAAUGUGGUUACCAAGCCAUCCAGAUCAAUCACUGUGUUAACAAAACCCCUACCUGUAACCAGUGUUUCAAUAUAUGACUAUAAACCUUCUCCUGAAACAGGAGUCCUGUUUGAAAUUCAUUAUCCAGAAAAAUAUAAUGUUUUCACAAGAGUAAACAUAAGCUACUGGGAAGGUAAAGACUUCCGAACAAUGCUAUAUAAAGAUUUCUUUAAGGGAAAAACAGUAUUUAAUCACUGGCUGCCAGGAAUAUGUUAUAGUAAUAUUACUUUUCAGCUGGUAUCAGAGGCAACUUUUAAUAAAAGUACUCUUGUGGAGUACAGUGGUGUUAGUCAUGAACCCAAACAACAUAGAACUGCCCCGUACCCACCUCGAAAUAUCUCAGUUCGCAUUGUAAACUUGAACAAGAACAAUUGGGAAGAGCAGAGUGGCAGUUUCCCAGAGGAAUCCUUCAUGAGAUCACAAGAUACAAUGGGAAAAGACAAACUCUUCCGUUUUACAGACGAAACCCCAGAAAUGCCCUCUGGCAACGUUUCUUCUGGUUGGCCUGAUUUUAACAGCAGUGACUACGAAACUACAUCCCAGCCGUACUGGUGGGGCAGCGCAUCGACAGCUCCUGAAAGCGAAGAUGACUUUGUCAGCGUACUUCCCGUGGAGUAUGAACAUAACAGUACACUCGGUGACACUGAGAAAUCAACAUCAGGCUCCUUCUCAUUUUUUCCUGUACAAAUGAUUUUGAACUGGUUACCACCCAAACCACCCACUGCCUUUGAUGGGUUCCAUAUCCACAUAGAAAGAGAAGAAAACUUUACUGAAUAUUUGACAGUGGAUGAAGAAGCACAUGAAUUUGUCGCAGAGCUGAAGGAGCCUGGGAAAUAUAAGUUAUCUGUAACAACUUUUAGCUCCUCAGGAUCUUGUGAAACUCGAAAAAGUCAGUCAGCAAAAUCACUCAGUUUUUAUAUCAGCCCGUCAGGAGAGUGGAUUGAAGAACUGACUGAGAAGCCCCAGCAUGUGAGCGUCCACGUUUUAAGCUCAACCACCGCUUUGAUGUCCUGGACGUCUUCCCAAGAGAACUACAAUGGCACCAUCGUGUCUGUGGUGUCACUCACCUGCCAGAAACAAAAGGAGAGCCAGAGGCUAGAAAAGCAGUACUGCACUCAGGUGAACUCAAGCAAAUCUAUCAUUGAAAAUCUGGUUCCCGGUGCCCAGUACCAGGUCGUGAUGUACCUAAGAAAAGGCCCUUUGAUUGGCCCACCUUCAGAUCCUGUGACAUUUGCUAUCGUUCCAACGGGAAUAAAGGAUUUAAUGCUCUAUCCCUUGGGUCCUACGGCAGUGGUUCUGAGCUGGAGCAGACCUUACUUAGGAGUGUUCAGAAAAUAUGUAGUUGAAAUGUUUUAUUUCAACCCUGCAACAAUGACAUCAGAGUGGACAACAUACUAUGAAAUAGCAGCGACUAUCUCCUUAACUGCAUCAGUGAGGAUAGCCAAUCUGCUGCCAGCAUGGUACUACAACUUUCGAGUUACCAUGGUAACAUGGGGAGACCCAGAACUGAGCUGUUGCGACAGCUCCACCAUAAGCUUCAUAACAGCCCCAGUUGCUCCAGAAAUCACAUCUGUGGAGUAUUUCAACAGUCUGUUAUAUAUCAGUUGGACAUAUGGAGAUGACACAACUGACCUCUCCCAUUCUAGAAUGUUACACUGGAUGGUUGUUGCAGAAGGAAAGAAGAAAAUUAAAAAGAGUGUAACACGCAAUGUCAUGACUGCGAUUCUCAGUCUGCCUCCAGGAGAUAUCUACAACCUCUCAGUAACCGCUUGCACUGAAAGAGGAAGUAAUACCUCCAUGCUCCGCCUUGUCAAGCUAGAACCAGCUCCUCCAAAAUCACUCUUUGCCGUGAAUAAAACCCAGACUUCAGUGACUUUGCUGUGGGUGGAAGAGGGAGUAGCUGAUUUCUUUGAAGUCUUUUGUCAACAAGUUGGCUCUAGUCAAGAAACCAAACUCCAGGAACCGAUUUCUGUUUCCUCUCACGUUGUGACCAUCUCCAGCCUCCUUCCUGCCACUGCCUACAACUGUAGUGUCACCAGCUUCAGCCACGACAGCCCCAGUGUCCCCACAUUCAUCGCUGUCUCAACAAUGGUGACAGAGAUGAACCCCAACGUGGUGGUCAUCUCCGUGCUGGCCAUCCUCAGCACGCUGUUAAUUGGACUGCUGCUCGUGACCCUUAUAAUUCUUAGGAAAAAACAUCUGCAGAUGGCAAGGGAAUGUGGAGCAGGAACUUUUGUCAAUUUUGCAUCUUUGGAGAGGGAUGGAAAGCUUCCAUACAAUUGGCGUAGGAGUAUAUUUGCUUUCUUAACCCUGCUACCCUCAUGUCUUUGGACUGAUUAUCUUUUGGCAUUUUAUAUUAAUCCUUGGAGUAAAAAUGGUUUAAAGAAGAGGAAACUGACUAACCCAGUUCAACUGGAUGACUUUGAUGCCUACAUCAAGGAUAUGGCCAAAGACUCUGACUAUAAAUUUUCUCUUCAAUUUGAGGAGUUAAAAUUGAUUGGACUGGACAUUCCACAUUUUGCUGCAGACCUUCCACUGAACCGAUGUAAAAAUCGCUACACAAACAUCCUACCAUAUGACUUUAGCCGAGUGAGAUUAGUCUCCAUGAAUGAAGAGGAAGGCGCAGACUAUAUCAAUGCCAACUAUAUUCCUGGAUACAACUCACCCCAAGAGUAUAUUGCCACACAGGGACCACUGCCUGAAACCAGAAAUGACUUUUGGAAGAUGGUCCUACAACAGAAGUCCCAGAUUAUUGUCAUGCUCACUCAGUGUAAUGAGAAAAGAAGGGUGAAAUGUGACCAUUACUGGCCGUUCACGGAAGAACCCAUAGCUUAUGGGGACAUCACCGUGGAGAUGAUGUCAGAGGAAGAACGGGAAGACUGGGCCUGUAGACACUUCCGGAUCAACUAUGCUGACGAGAUGCAGGAUGUGAUGCAUUUCAACUACAUGGCGUGGCCUGAUCACGGUGUGCCCACAGCAAACGCUGCAGAAAGUAUCCUUCAGUUUGUACACGUGGUUCGACAGCAAGCUACCAAGAGCAAAGGCCCCAUGAUCGUGCACUGCAGUGCUGGAGUGGGACGGACAGGAACAUUCAUUGCCCUGGACAGGCUCUUGCAGCACAUUCGGGAUCACGAGUUUGUCGACAUCUUAGGGCUGGUGUCCGAAAUGCGAUCAUACCGGAUGUCUAUGGUGCAGACGGAGGAGCAGUACAUUUUUAUCCAUCAGUGUGUGCAGCUGAUGUGGACGAAGAAGAAACAACAGUUCUGCAUCAGUGACGUCAUCUACGAGAAUGUUAGCAAGUCCUAGUUCAGAACCCGGAGCGGACAGGACAUGGUGUGCACCCAUCCUCCCUUGCUUCCAGAGUUUUUUAGGGGCGCUGCUAGCCAUUUUGCUAAGAAGAGCCCCUGCUUUGUAGUAUGUGGCCAAGGAGAUGAUUUGUCUCAUUGAAGCACCGGGAAGACUUAGCCUUAAAGAGCCUCCAGUGUCUUUUGGACUCUUUUACUUCUGGACAUUGAAUAACGGACCACAUUCAACCGAACACCAGAAAGGUCCAGACGCUCUGCAAAGGGCAGGAAGCACAGCACUUCCGAAGAAGAGUUUUCUUGGCCCUUGGCUGGUUGGGCUGAGUUUUUGUUGUUGUGGUUUCUAAGUGCAAUAAUUUUUGUAUGUGUGAUUUUAUCAGGAAGUUGACUUGUUUUCUACCCACAUGACCGAUCAAGCCCGUAGCCCAAGAGGGAACAGGCAUUGUUAGUAUCAAAUUAUACCUCAUUGUUAAAAAGCGGCAUGGCCACACAUGAGGAAACGGUAAUUCUGCUCCACGGAAAUUGAACUGGCAAAAUCUGUACUCCGACAUUCAGAUGCUGGACCAGGAGGGGGGGAGGGUGCAGGGGGGAAGAGAGAGGGGUUGUACCCACGGAUCAACUGCAUAUCUUUUCCAAAUAUGAAGAGCUGUAAUUCAGCUUCAAAGUAGAGUAGGAAAAAUAUUUAAGUCUUAAUUGUUCUAGUUCUUGAUGGCUUUCUUCCUUAUUAACAGCUAAGUGUUUUUUCCUUGGCCCUCUUGAACUAAUGUCACCCUCCAGAUUCUUUUUCAACAAAUCAGAUCUGGUUCAGAAUGGUUUUAAGAAGGACUCUUUAGACUCCACUGCUGUCUGAGCAACCCUGGUGCCUGGAGUUUGCAUUCCUUUAUCUGUUGACCUGCAUACGUAUGAAAGCUGUUUCUUUGAGAACUGUAGGCUGUGAAAACGCACUUUCUUUCCCCCAAAGAGCUGGGAACUUAUGAAGUUAUGGCAAUGAGCUGCAGCAUGCUAGGACAAUUAUUUGGCGGCGUUUUUGGGUAAUAUUGUCAAGCGUUUCUAUGGAUUCCAGCGUUUGAUUUCUUUUCGUUUGGUUUCAUUUUUGGUUGUCCGUUUCAUUUUAACCAGUGUUAACUAGUAACAUUUUAUUCUUCCGAUUUUGUACAAUUACAGUACAUGACUGUGUAUUGUGACAUUUGACGGCAUUGUGAAGCCUGUUAUUUUGUGUCACUUCCUUAAAAAACAAGAGGUGAUGGUAUGGAUAUACAAAGGAAAACAUUCUGAGUGGAAAGUAAACACAAGCUGACUGCUUCA